AUGAGGGAUAAGGAUUUUGACCUUUCAGUUCAUUCAGGCAUUAAAACAAACAUGUGGUGGACAGAAUUGAAAGCUGCAUUAGGACAAAGGAUUAAUGUAGAGGGGCUUGUUUCUUCAUUAGGGUUUUUUUCUAAGGAUAAGCAUUUAGCGAUCCCGCAUGUUAGUGUGAAAGAUAUAAGUUAUAUUGAUUGGGUUGAGCUGAAGAGAAGGGGGUUUGAAGGUGUUGUGUUUGAUAAGGAUAAUACGAUUACUGUUCCUUAUUCUUUGAACUUGUGGUCUCCUCUUGCUUCGUCCAUCGAUCAGUGCAAAUCGCUGUUUGGUAAUAAUAUUGCAGUGUAUAGCAACUCCGCAGGAUUAGAUGAAUAUGACCCUGGUGGUAGAAAAGCCAGAAUUCUUGAACGUGUGAUUGGAAUUAAAGUCAUUAAGCACGGUAAGUUGAAUUUGCUAUUUCAAUUUUGCGGUAAUGUAUCACUUCUUAUGUCUCAAUUUACUUGA